AUGUUCGGCAAGGAGAAGAACGGUUCCACCAGCGAUGGUUCGGACGUGGCCCCCGAGUGGGACAUGAUCAAACAUGGCAAGAACCCGAACCUUCCUCCCAACCACCCCGUCAACGCCCUCAGCCCUUGGCGCAAGGAGGCCAUUCUCUACAUUCUCAGUUACGCAGCGAUGCUCGCCAACUUUGGUAUCGCAAUCACCCUCGUCGCUUUUCCUCAAAUUGCUGCGGACCUCGGCUGCACCCCCCUUCAAGUGUCCUAUGCCAUGGGCUACUCCAUCCUCGGUCAAGGUGUCGGCUCGCUCCUGUGGAACCCUCUUUCACGCUCCAUCGGUCGCCGACCCACCUACCUCAUCGCCUCAUUCAUCUACAUGCCCAUGGUCAUCUGGGAGUGCCAGGCCAAGUCGUACGGCUCGUUCUGUGCCGCCCGCGUGUUCACCGGCCUCACUGCCGCUUGGUCACAGACUAUCCCCCCGACCUCGAUCGCCGACAUUUACGUCGUCGAGGUUCGCGGCCGCAAGAUGGCCACCUACUCCAUCCCUAAUUUGAUUGGACCGGUCAUCGCUCCCGUCUUUGGUGCGCUCAUCGUCAACGUGUCCAGCUGGCGCAACCAGUUCUGGCUCAACUUUGGCAUGGCGGCCCUUCAGUUUGCUCUCAUCUUCUUCCUCGUCCCCGAGACCAUGUGGAACGAGAACACCAACCCUCCUACGACCGCUGCCGAGAUUGCCGAGGCCGACAAGCGCGAUGUGGCGAUGAUUGAGACCCCUGCGGCCCCCGUCUCUGCGCACGCCGGCCACGUCGGUCCUGCCUUUAUGCCUUGGAAGAACCCUGGCGCGUUCUUCAAGCUCGUGGUCGCCCCGCUCGAGAUGAUGCGCUACUUUAACAUUUCGCUCACUUCGUUCUACUGCGGCAUGUGUUUCGGCUUCCUCUCGCUCGGCAUGACCGUCCCAACGCCUCAGGUCCUCGAGGCGGCGCCGUUCAACUUUGCCCUCGUCCCGGCCGGUUGCUCCUACCUUGCCUUUGCCAUCGGUGGCGUUCUUGGCAAGUGGUCGGGCGGUAUCGUCGGCGACAAGAUUUCCUCGUACUUUGAGCGCAGGAAUGGCCAACGUCAGCCCGAGGACCGUGUAUGGGCUGCGUACCCCAUCCUCCCGCUCAUGUUCAUCGGCCACAUGCUCACUGGCCUGGCACUCCACUUUGGCUGGCACUGGAUGGUCCUCCUUGUUGGCGGUGGCAUUGCCUUCUUUGCCCUGUCGGCCAUCACCGUCCUCCAGACCUACUGCAUGGAGUCGUACCUUGCUCGUUCCAUGGACACCAUGUUCGUGUGGAACUUUUGGAAGUGCAUCUGGGGCUUUGUUGUCCCCUUCUUCAUCAUGGAGUGGGGAGAGAAGUGGGGAUGGCUCGCGGCCGACUGCACCCAGGGUGCGUUUAUGGCGGGCCUCGGUCUCGUCACAUGCGCCUUCCUCAUCUGGAAGGGCUACAACAUCCGUGUCGCACAGAACAUGCCGUACAUGGAGAAGCACUAG